GCGUCAAAACGCCAAAAUCGCGAACGAAAAUGUAAACAUCUCCGUGAUCGCGGGUGUUGGCUGUUUUUCUUGCGUAGUAUUUUCUAUCCUACUAUUUACAUAUUUCACAUAAACUUUCCGCACAUUUUCCCCAAAAAAGAAACUUGUGAGCAUGUUUUAUUCUUUUCUACGUGCGCCGAAACGAUUCAGUACCUUGGGACAAAACGCGAGGCGUUCGUACGGCGGCAGCCGACAUCAACAGCAACCGCAUUGGAGUGCGGCAGAAAUCCGGCACCGGUUUGUCGAUUACUUUGUUCGCGAAAAUGGGCACACUUUUGUGCGGUCCAGCUCGGUGGUUCCGUUCAGCGAUCCGACAAUCGCUUUCGUCAACGCUGGAAUGAACCAGUUUAAAAAUGUGUUCCUGGGAACGAACGAAGCACCGUGCCGAAGGGCAGUAAACUCGCAGAAGUGCGUCCGAGUGGGCGGGAAACACAACGACGUGAGCAUAGUCGGGACCGACGGGUAUCAUCAUACGUUUUUUGAGAUGCUGGGGAAUUGGUCCUUUGGCGACUACUUCAAACGGGAGGCCUGCGAAAUGGCGUGGCGAUUGUUGACUGAGGUUUAUGGCAUAGAUAAAAGGCGGUUGUAUGUGAGUUAUUUCGCAGGAGAUGAAGCAAUGGGACUGCCUGCAGAUUUAGAAUGCAGAGACGUUUGGGCUGGGUUAGGCAUUCCUCCGGAAAGGAUCAUCCCCUUCGGAGCGCAAGAAAAUUUUUGGGAGAUGGGGAACUCCGGUCCAUGUGGACCCUGCACAGAGAUCCACAUCGAUCACUCGGACAAAUUCAUUGAUACCGCUAAUAGGAAGCAUUUAGUUAAUGCCGGCGUUCCGGAUCUGACGGAAGUGUGGAACAUAGUGUUUAUUCAAUACAAUCGUAAUGCAGACAACGGACAAAUUAGCGAUCUACCUCAAAGGCACGUUGACACAGGAUUGGGUUUGGAGCGGUUGGUUGCUCAUCUUCAGCAGAAAAACAGCAAUUACGAUACGGAUUUGUUCAUACCGAUCUUUGAUCGCAUACAAAAGGUUUCUAAAAAGGACGGUUAUCGAGGGAUCUAUGAUACAUCUGAUUCGCGAUACCCUUUGGAUACUGCGUAUCGAGUAGUCGCGGAUCACACCAGAAUGAUAACGGCUUGUUUAUCAGACGGGAUGUUCCCUUCUCAAAAUCACAAGUUACGCCGGCUGCUGAGGCGAUCGUUAUCCUUAUCGGAUCGCAUUUUCUCCUCUCCCACGUUACUACAAGAAUUGGUUCCAGUUGUGGUUGAAAUAUUGGGCGAUACCUACCCCGAGAUGCACAAAAAUCUGCAGAAAACGCAGCAAAUCAUCAAACACGAAGAGCAAUGCUAUAAACAGCUCUGCUCUAAUUUAUCUUCCGAGUCACGAACUUUGCUCAAAGAAUAUUCCUACUUCGAUGCGGCCGAGGUGACUGAUCAUCCCGGUUUGCCAUACGCAUUGAAAGAGAUCAAAAGGCUGAAAGCAAACCAGGGUUUGCGUCUAAUGGAUGGAGAAGUAAUCCACAAAAUGUACGACACGUACGGAUUGGACGAAGAGCUGUUGAUUAAAAUUGCAGAGUUCGAACAGCUGGAUUUGGAUCUUCAAGGGUACAAUGUCUUUUCCAAACGAAUGAAGGAAGGCGCUAAAAUAGAACUCGCCGCUCGCCUGCAAGCAAGCCUUGACGCUUCUCAAGGGCUUACUCGAGAUUUAGAUCGAUCUCAAGUACGUCUCACCCGAAAUGAAUUCAAGUACAACUACGCUUACAAUGAGGACAAGCAUUUAUAUGAGAUUCCCAAGUUGAAAACCAAGAUUACCUCAAUAGUUACUUCCGAAACAGAUCCGCUGUGUCAUGUGAUAACCGAGAAAAGCAACUUCUAUUUUGAAUCUGGUGGUCAACAGAGUGAUCGAGGGAGCAUGUCCCUUGCUACCGAUCCAUCGACACAGAUUCAAGUAAAAGCCGUCGGUGAACAUCUGGGAUUCGUAAUACAUUCCGUGGAUAGAGCCACGGCGCAAAGCUUAGCAGUUGGCGACGAGGUCAUUCUGUCGAUCGAUCCGCACGUGAGAAGCUCGAACAUUGUGCAUCAUACGGCGACGCACCUCCUAAAUGCUGCAGCUCGAAAUGUUCUCGCCGUUCCGAUGUGCCAGCGGUCCAGUUUUGUUGGUAAUAAGGCACUCAAGCUGGAACUGGCGGUUUGCGGUGCCAAGAUUGGACCCGAAGAGGUGGACGCUAUGGAACAACAGAUCCGUCAGAACAUCCGGCAGAAUGAAUCGGUUAGAGUUCGCGUGUGCAAUGCCGCCGAUCUGGAGUUUGAUAAGAUCACCAUGAUCCCUGGCGAAGUUUACCCGGAAAAGGGUCUUCGCUUGGUAGAAAUCGGUCAAUCCACCUCAUCCGAAUUCUGCUGUGGUACCCAUGCUCAAUGGACGGGCGAACUUCAAGACUUCUGCAUUACCAAUGUGUCGCAGAAUAAAUCCGGCUGUUAUACCUUCCUUGCCAUCGCUGGCCAGCCUGCCGUCAAAGCACACCAGCUAGGCAUUCAAAUCCAAAACGACGUCAAUCAGCUGAAGCAUGACAUGGACCAGAAACUGGACAACGACACGGCCGGUAUUGAUGCCCGCAUGCAGCGGUUGAAAAAUGUCCUCCUGGUUGGUUCCGAGAACAACAUCAAUCUUCCGUACGCCGUACGACAACGCUGCCUAGAAGUGAUCAAUGAUCUCUGCAGACAACUGAAAGACCACACUCGCGAAUCGCUUCGCGAACUGUUCGAGAUGGAGAUGAAAAAUCUCCAGCAAGUUUACCCCCUCGCAUCAACUCCGUUCAUUGUACACUUUCUGGAAAGCUCUUUGAUUCUGGAGGAAAUCCAACUGAGCAAGGCUACCCGUUACUUCAAGGAUCGACCCAUUCUUAUCAUUAGCAUUACCGACGAUCAGGUUAAAGCCAGGGCCACCGUCCCGGCUACGUGUAUCAACGAGCGCUUCGACGCCCAGAAGUGGCUCAAAACAGUCGGCGCUGUGUUUAAAUCCGGUACUGCCCCGCCGAAAGGACAAAAUCCAAUGGCAGUUUGCAAUAUGAAGAGUAGGAAGGUGAAAGCGCUGCAGUUUGAAACGUUGCUUGAGCGGGCACUGAAGGAGGCGUCCGAGUUUGCUAGACUAAACAUGCAAUAGGCAAGCGGGAAUGUUGUGUGUUAUCUGUUGACUAGGUUUAUGUUAAGUUUAUAGCUUGAGUAUGAAAGAUACUUAAUUUUAUAAACAAAAACAA